ACCACAGCACAGCACAAAAUGAAGCACCUGACGAUGGUUGCCCUUUUGGCGAUGGUGGUGGUAAUGGCCAGCGCCCAAAAGUACACCGACAAGUUCGACAACAUCGAUGUUGACCGGGUACUGUCCAAUGAUCGAAUUCUCAACAAUUACCUCAAGUGUCUGCUAGACAAGGGACCGUGCACCCAGGAGGGCCGUGAACUGAAGAAAACGCUCCCCGAUGCGCUGAAAACCAACUGCGAGAAGUGUAGCGAGAAGCAGAGAACUAGCUCCCGCAAGGUAAUCGCCCAUCUCGAGGACCGUAAGCCACAGGAAUGGAAGAAACUGCUCGACAAGUAUGACCCGGAAGGUAUCUACAAGAGCAAGUACGAGAAACUCAACAAGCGAUCCUAGAGAGA